UUUCCACAAACAACAAGUGUCUGUUCCCUCAGUUCAGUCUCUGUUCUGUUCUGCUGUAGAGUGGAAAAGUGGAGAGGAAAGGAGUGGAGUGGAAAAGUGGAGAGGAAAGGAGUGGAGAGGAAAGGAGUGGUAUGCAUAGGAGCUGCAUGUCCAAGCCUCACAGCGAGCUUAAAGACCAAGGGGUUUGGACCAACCCUAUGAGCAAAAAGACGCCAAAAAAGACGCUGAAAAUACCUAUUUUUGGUUGAAAAGACGUUGAGAAUACAUAUUCUCAACCACUUUUGCACACUGGGAAUCUACCCUGGGACUAGUGUCUUGUGACAGUCUGAUAUCGAAUUUCUGAUUUGCUUCUUGUAGGUGCCAACAUUACCCAGACACAGGACAAGAAGACGUGCUGUGACGAGGAAGAGGCUCUUUAUAUUUUGGACUGGCAACAGUAGCCUGGAGCGGCAGCAGCGAAUGCUGAGGGCGAGGCCAUCGAGGCCGCAGUGUUUAGAAACAGAAUAGUAAUGGCUGUUCAAACUGCAAUCAUGAACUCUCCGUUCAUCAACUUCUGUUUCCCUGGGUCGGUCAUGAUGGAGUACGACAUGGAUCAGAGCCUGGACGGGAGUCUGCAGGAGGAGAGUGAGGAGAGAGGAGAAUACAAAGAAACCACCAGGAAUCUGCUCAGCUUCAUAGACUCAGCCUCCAGCAACAUCAAACUGGCUCUGGAUAAGCCAGUGAAGUCUAAAAGGAAAGUCAACCACCGCAAGUACCUGCAGAAGCAGAUCAAGAGAUGUACAGGCUUCAUCAGUCCAACAGGGAACCCAGCAGCAGCUCCAGGGGCAGGGGCCAACAAGAGAAAAGGCUCUGGCUUUCCCACCCAGACCCAGCCUCAGAACCAGCCUCAGACCCAGCCUCAGACCCAGACCAGCCCAUUCCAGCAAGGCAAACCCGUCCACAAGCGCGACGGACUACAGGCCAACCUCCAGACCAAGAGCCUGGCUGCCCUCUUUAACUCGGUCAAGGAGCCUGUCAGGGGGGAGAGAGCCAAGAAGCCUCCCCUGAGGCACCGUAACCUUCCCCCAUCCUUUUUCACUGAGCCGGCCAACACCACCACCACCUCCCGAGUCACGUCCACCUCGGGCACGUUCCUGGGUGAUCUGGAACGGGGAGGGGGGAACCCGGACUUCUUUGACCUGCUGGGGCCGGACUACAGUAACAUGCUUAGUGACCAGGACGUGUUUCAGACUCGCGGCCUGCCCAGUAGGAUCAUCGACCAGGACUUGUUUCAGACUCGGGGCCUGCCCAGUAGGAUCAUCGACCAGGACAUGUUUCAGACUCGGGGCCUGCCCAGUAGGAUCCUCCAGCACCAGCAGACUCAGGACAUAACAGACCAGGUCUCGCCCUACGACCCUCACCAUCUAGUGGGAGGAUUCUUGUAUACAGAGCCUUGGAGUACUUCUUCUCCUUCUAAGAAGGCAGGGGAGGGCGUACGAACGGGCCCAGGACCACAGACACCCCUGUACUGCCAAGCAGGAGAGGGCGUACGGGCGGGCCCAGGACCACAGACACCCCUGUACUGCCAAGCAGGAGAGGGCGUACGGGCGGGCCCAGGACCACAGACACCCCUGUACUGCCAAGCAGGAGAGGGCGUACGGGCGGGCCCAGGAACACAGACACCCCUGUACUGUCACUCUGUGUCUGACUCCUCUGUGACUACAGAGGAAAAUAACUCACUGUGUACUCUGGCCUUCCCCAACUUCUUCCCAGAAUGCUCUGUGUCUCAGGUCUCAUAUGGUCUGAGUAGUGGUAGUUACAACACAAGGGACUUCUCUUCUCUCUGAUAAGACAUCAGUACUUUUUCUGGGACUACAAGUUGAGUAGUUCUGAUUUAAAAUGUUAGUGUGGCUUGACCAGAGCUACAGAUUGAGAUACGGUCUAAUCUAAUUUGUAUUUGUCACGGACACAUUUUCCAGCAGGUAUAAAAGGUGCAGUGAAAUAUGCAGUGUUAGGUGCAGUGUUAGAGCUCCCUCGAAAACGCAGAACAUUUAAUCAAUAAUCAGUAAUAACAAGUAGUAGUAGUAGUAAUAGACGAGGUAGUAUGCAUAUUGAUAAUGUAGGUAUUUACAAAUAUAAAGUGGGUAGUGGAAUUAAUAGUAUAUAAUUAAACAGUUGCAUUGACUGUGUGUGUGUGUGUGUACAUAUAUAUAUAUAUAUAUAUAUAUAUAUAUAUAUAUAUAUAUACAAACAAAAAGUUGACCAGCUGGGGACAUUUUGCCGGUCCCCCACAAGGAAAAAGGAUAUUUCUAGAGAUAGAGUUAGGGUAAGGUUAUGUUUUGAGGUUAGGGUAAGGUUUAGGGUUAGGGAAAAUAUGAUUUUGAAUGGGAAUCAAUUAUGUCUCCACAAGGUUAGUAAAACAAGACUGUGUGCUUGUGUGUAAGGGUUGAAUGUGCUGGUAGUCGGUGCAAAUAAUAUCUAUGGUGCAUAUAGUCUCUAAGGUGCAGAUCUGUGCAGGGAGACGGCUUGGUUUCACUUUUCAGCAGUCUGAUGGCCUGGUGGUAGAAGCUGUCUCUGAGCCUGUUGGUCCGAGACAUGAUACUCCAAUACCGUUUGCCAAAUGGUAACAGAGUAAACAGUCCUUGGCGAUCUUUCAGUGCGUUGAAUAAGAAUAAUGUAUAGAUUUGGUUUUCUCAUGUACUCUAAUGCUCGUAAAACUGAAAGUUUUAUUCACCCCUAAUGAAAAAACGUUGUAUUACCCAUGCCAGUCAAUUUCAAUAUGUAUUUUGAUGUGGAUUUAAUUCAUGCUCACAGUGGACAAGAAGGCGGAGUGACAUCAAGACGAUACUUUAAAAACAACAGAUAUUACGUUCAAUUAAAAGAGUCCAAGAUUAUAAGAAUCCAGUUUUUUAAAGUCACAUCUGAUUAUUAAACAGUGCCACAAGCCCUUGAAAAUGUCUUACAUUUUGUAAUUAUUACAAAGUCUCCUGGAUCUGAACUUGAAUCUGUUUAAAGGUGGUUGAGAAGUGUUCUGACAUUUUGUUCAAAGCCGAUUCAUUUCCUUUUGAGGUUCAAGAUGACCAUCACCAGGUAGUCAAACCUCCGGUUGAUUUACCGUCACCAGGUAGUCUACCGUAUUCAAAUCUCCGGUUGAUGACCAUCACCAGGUAGUCUACCGUAUUCAAACCUCCGGUUGAUUUACCGUCACCAGGUAGUCUACCGUAUUCAAAUCUCCGGUUGAUGACCAUCACCAGGUAGUCUACCGUAUUCAAACCUCCGGUUGAUGACCAUCACCAGGUAGUCUACCGUAUUCAAAUCUCCGGUUGAUGACCAUCACCAGCUAGUCUACCGUAUUCAAACCUCCGGUUGAUUUACCAUCACCAGCUAGUCUACCGUAUUCAUUCCAAAUACUGUUAUUUCUCAGUCAUGCAUGGAUCAAACCCAGACUGUGUUUAGGACAAAAAAUGACCGCAACAUUUCAAAUGCCCUUCAACUACACCAUAAAAAAUGAUGAAACAAUAUACAGCCUGGGCGCGAACCCAGAGACUCCGGUUGAUGACCAUCUGAACCAAUUACACCAUAACAAAUGAUGAAACAAUAUAAGGUGACUUCUGUCUUUCAAACUGUCAUUGGUUUAAGUGAGAGAAAAGUAUGGUAGCUAUUUGGCAUUCCCGAUUCUACUAGAUCCCUCAUUGGUCCCCCCUCAUUGGUCCCCCCUCAUUGGUCCCCCCUCAUUGGUCCCCCCUCAUUGGUCCCCCACUCAAUGGUCCCCCACUCAAUGGUCCCCCCUCAUUGGUCCCCCCUCAUUGGUCCCCCCUCAAUGGUCCCCCCUCAUUGGUCCCCCCUCAAUGGUCCCCCCUCAUUGGUCCCCCCUCAAUGGUCCCCCCUCAUUGGUCCCCCCUCAAUGGUCCCCCCUCAAUGGUCCCCCCUCAUUGGUCCCCCCUCAUUGGUUCCCCCCUCAAUGGUCCCCCCUCAUUGGUCCCCCCUCAUUGGUCCCCCCUCAUUGGUACAGUAACUCUGGUUAGUUGUUUUUCUGUGCGCAGACAGACUAGUGUGAGAGUUGAGUGGUUAGCUCAUAGGUUGAAUUAGUCAACACUGUGAAUAUACACCGUGAAGUGUUGAAAUACUAGAAUCGCCACACUUCUUAAUGAAAACGAAAGAUGUUAUACAAGAUGUAAAAAAUAAUACUGUAUUCUGAUAAUGACAAAAUAAAGCUGGUCUUUAUUACUAUUA